AUGAAUCAACAUAUAAUUCAAACAAUUUUGUCAUCGACUGUUAUAAAAACUGAUUCGUUUCAAUCAUUACAACUAUCGCCAAAUGAUUGGAUUAUACCUUCUAUUCAUAGCAUUAGUUGUGUCUAUUUUUAUAAUAUUCAAAAAUGGUCACUGUACGAGAAAGAAUCAAAUGAUAUGUUCAUAGAUAUUCAAAGGUUGAUCGCAAGUUUAAGAAAACUUCUGGGAUAUUAUUCGUUAUUAAAUGGUGUAUUUAAACUAUUCGAUCAAGACAGUAAAGUAGCUAUAGAAAACAAUGAUUCAAAAGGUGGAAUUUUAUUUGUCACUGCAACCGUUAAUAUUUCACUAAAUGAAUUACCGUUAUCAUUAGAAGAGUAUACAAAUGUUAAUGUUAUACCAAAGGAGCUUCAAUUAAUCAAUGUAAAUGAUCCGAAUACUUUAUUUCACGUUCGUCAUACUCGGUUUUUAUGCGGUAGCGUUGCACUUGGCAUCAGUUUAAAUCAUCAAGUUGCCGAUGCUCAUUCAUAUUUUCAACUUGUUAAAGAUUGGGUACGAAUAUACAAAAAUUUAGAAUAUCAACCUCAUGUUUGCCAUCAACGAUCACUUCUUGAGCCAAACUGCAAUGAAAUCGAAAUACUGAAAAAGACAAAUCCUAAUUUUAAUGAUCGAAAAAGCCUUUCUGUAAAACAAGAAAAUUCUUCAUCAUUUCCACAAACGAAACAAAUUAAAAUGAAAAUAUUUCGUUUUUCAGCCGACGAACUCAACCGUAUGAAAUUCGAUUCUACGCAUCAUCUAUCGCCCGAUGUAGAUUACGUAUCAACAUUUGACGUUCUUACAGCUCAUAUAUAUCGGCACGUAAUGAUUGCUCGUAAUUAUCCGGCAUCAUCAACAUCAAAACUCUACAUUUCAACUAAUAUACGUUCACGUCUUACACAACCAUCGAUACCUAUAACUUACUUUGGAAAUGCAAUUAUGUUUUCUUAUUUAGAAAUGAAUAUGAAAGAAUUAAUUCAUGAAAAUCAUAUCGGUUUAUUAGCUAGUGAAGUUCAUCGGGCCAUUGAAAAAAAUAACAACGAUGAUAUAAGAACUACUCUUGCUUGGAUUUUGUGUCAGAAGAAUAAAAAAUUAAUUUCACCAACAUGCAAUUUGGAUAAAGCAGAUUUUACAAUAUCUGCUUGGAAUAAAAUGGGAAUGUAUUCAGAUUCGGAUUUUGAGCCGGGUGUUUAUCCAUGUCGCAUUACACUUCCAGCUGACAUAGAAUUUAAUGGUGCAGCUAUUUUGUUUUCAACAGAACAAAAUGAUGCAAGUAUUGAUGUAAUUCUUGGAUUAGAAAUGAGUGAAAUGGAACGAGUGGAAAAGAACUUUGAUUUUAGAAAGUAUCAUGUAGAAACAUAG